AUGAUCGCAUUCAGGGGUUCACUACACAAGAACACGGUUGCGCGUUUCUACUCUACAGCCAGCAAGGCAGACCUUAUCAAGACCCCACUCUACGACUUGCACGUAGACUACGGGGCAACGAUCGUACCAUAUGCUGGCUUUGCUAUGCCCGUUCUCUACAAGGGUCAAUCACACAUAGAAUCUCACAAGUGGACAAGAACAAAUGCUGGUUUGUUCGACGUAUCUCAUAUGCUCCAGCACAAAGUCUCGGGUCCAGGAGCUACAGACUUCUUGCAGAAGAUUACCCCAUCCGAUCUGUACUCUCUGCCGCCCAUGACGGGAACUCUGAGUUGUCUUUUGAAUGAUAACGGUGGUAUUGUGGAUGACUGUAUAAUUAACAAACAUGGUGAUGACAGUUUCUACAUCGUUACCAAUGCUGGUUGUCGUGCUGGAGACCUUGCCUUCAUUGAGAAGGAGUUGAGUUCUGGUGCAUUUGACUCUGUUUCCCAUUCAACCUUCGAAGGAGCUCUUCUUGCUCUACAGGGUCCAAAAGCUGCUCAGGUACUUCAAAAGUUUACUGAUUAUGAUCUCUCGAGUCUGUAUUUCGGCACGAGUGACUUUGUUGCGUUGAAGGGGUUCCUCCCAGACAAGGUGCACGUUUCCAGAGCUGGGUACACCGGAGAGGAUGGUUUCGAAAUCUCCAUUCCUGUUGAUGACGCUGCAAGAGAGUUUGCAAGUGCUCUCCUGGAGCUUUCAGAUGUGGUCAAGCCAAUUGGUUUGGCUGCUCGUGAUUCGUUGAGGCUGGAGGCUGGUAUGUGUCUCUAUGGCCAUGAAAUGAAUGAAGCUACCACUCCCAUUGAGUCUUCUCUGAACUGGCUGGUUGGAAAGUCUCGCCGUUCAGAUGUGAACGGUUUUAAUGGAGCAAAAAAGAUCCUGAGUCAACUCGAAAAUCCAAAGAGUGUCACUUUUAAGAGAGUUGGAAUCACUUCCAAGGGUCCAUCUCCAAGAGAGGGAAACUCAGUGUUCUCUUUCGAAGACCCUGAAAAGAGAGUGGGUGUUAUCGCUUCUGGCUCUCCUAGUCCUACGCUCGGUGGAAAUGUUGGUCAGGCACUUCUUGACAAACCAUUCAACAAAAUUGGAACCAAGAUCCUGAUUGAGAUUAGAGGCAAAAAGAGGGAAGCUGUUGUCAGCAAGAUGCCAUUCGUUGAGGUAAAGUAUCACAGACCUUCGUAA